AUGCCACCAGCUGGCCCGGCCUGUACCCCUGCAUGUGUAGGAGGUGCAGCGUGUUAUGCAGGAGCUUGUCAGUGCGCUCAACCGACCGUUGUCUACAACCCCGUUGUUGGUUGUUCCCCACCCAUGGUGGCACCAGUUCCAGUAGCGCCAGCUCCCGUAGUCACUGGCCGCCUGAUCCCACAGAAUCAUCGAUCUCGUCAGUCUAGGUUCACCUGUUCAGGCUCUCCCGGUUCUCCCUGUGAGCCCGGAGUCGAAUGCACUGGCGGUUCGGUCUGCUCGCUGGGCGUCUGUCUCUGCCCACCGGAACUCGUGCAAGAGGGUACUGUAUGUGUGACUCGUACCGUCUACAGUGUCGCGCCUCCUCCUCCUCCUCCAGUUGCAGUGCCGGCUGUACCAGUUGCCCUUGGAACACCGUGCUACACCCCGGCCAGCCCCUGUGCACCUGGUGCGCUCUGCACUGCCGGUGUUUGCCAGUGCGCUCCAGCUUACACCCCUAUGGCCGGCGGAUGUGUGCUAAGGAAUUACAUGAUGUUUCUGAUGGUCCCGAAUAGGCACCCAGAAGAUGAUUCACAUGGAGCUCGCGAUCCGUGA